GAAACUAUUGCAUUAACUUUAAUCAACUUAGAAACUAUUGCAAGUAAAUUCUUUGGAUAAGAUAUGCGUCUUCUCAUAUCUCAACGCCGCUCAUUUCUCUAACAAUAUCGCAGUCCUCCAAAGCUUCGUCGUUACAGCUAUACUCUCACGGUUUGAUGGGUUAGACUACAGUCCACACAAAGGAAAUAAGUUAGGCUUUACGCCGUCGCUCAACACAGAGAGGUCCGCCAUGGCUAUUUCAUCGAUUUCCGCUCUGAGUUUCAGCCCAAUCGUAUGCAUGUUCACCAUCCUUUACAUGUUUCUUGCCGUUCUUCUUAAAAAGGAAAACAUGAAUUUAAUCCUCUGCUGCAGGGAAAGCUAAAAUAUGUCCAUAAGUCUCUCCACUUUUCUUGUCCCUCACAUAACGUGUGGUUUGGUAAGGAGGAAAAGGAAAAUAAGUGGAAUUUAAAUCCCUUAGUUGCAAAUAGCGAUCAUUCAUCUGGGGAGGAGAAGCCAAGAGCCAUGGAGGAAGAGGAUGCAUCUUCUGAUAUUGCCAAACCGUCACUUAGAAGGUCAUCUCUAACAGCCAGAGAAAAGCUAAGGGCUGCUCGUGUUCUCAACCGUUACAAUGAACCAAACACCGCCUCUAAACCAAUGGCGGGAAACAAACUGUUUGACGUUUUACGUGAGGCUGAGAAGGGGAAGAAGAAAGGCCUUCCUGAGGCACCUAAUAACAUGUUAGAUGAUAGCAAACGCGGGCUUCCGAAAGCUGGCUUGACUUUUGACUUUCCAGGAGGAUCCGAUGUGUUCCUUAUUGUGUUUUCGUUUGUUUUUAUCAGCACAGUUAUGUUUGGGACAACUUACAUUGUUUGGAAAAUGGGUGCCAUUCAUUUCAAUGAAUACUAGGUAUUGUGAUUUAUAGAUAGGUAGGUAUCCUUUUCUCUGUUUCUAUUAUAUAUUCAGCAACAAGAUACCUUGCUUGGAAAAUGGGUAACAAUUAUACUGUUUUUUUUAACCCGGAAGGCAAACCACCAAAAUCAGUGGGGUAAAUGUUCCCCCACUGAUUUUAUUAAGAGUAAGAAUACAAAACGAGGGGGGACAAGACCAAAACCCCUCCAGAAGAUACAACUCACCUGAAAAAUGACGCAAGAAGAAAUUAAGAAAACUCUAUGGGGGGUUAGGCCUGACCCAAAGAGAUACACUAAUAAACUAAUCUAAUAGUGGGAAUACCAAAUACGGAGUAAAUCAGAGUAAUAAGCACGACGGGCUGAAAUAGGAAGAUCUGAAGCCCGGAAAAUUUUUGAUGUUGGGCCGUGGCAUGAUCGGCUAAAUAAUGCGAAACCCAGUUACAAAACAUGUUGAAAUAAUGACCCCUUUCCUAUUUGCCCUUAGUAGCAUUUCCUGGAACUCCUUCCGUCUUCCCGCACCGCCAUCCGUCAGAUAACCCACCGCCACUGCAGCAUCCAUUUCAACAAUGAAAUCCGAAAAGCCAAUUGAUAGUAACCAAUUCGUCGCAUAUAGAGCCGAAGCAAGCUCAGCUUCUAGAGGCGAGGAUGCAAGCAGGGGAAAAGAAAUAGCCAAGAUGAACUCGCCAUCCACAUUUCUCAGAACCGCACCACCUGCCGUCGUUCCAGGGGUUGUCUGGGAUGCCAAGCAUGCUUGAAUGAAAAUGUAGAAGAAAGCUCAUCCCUCACCAUGUUGUAGGCAGAUUUUAAGGAGAAAUUGCCAUCAUCUUCAGGUGGUCAGCUGCAAGCAAAUGGAUGGGAAUGGCACUCAGAACAUGCUUAAUAAGGAUUAAUCGACCUCCCUGAGAUAAGUUUCUUUGCUUCCAAGGGGAAAGUUUUUUUUCAAACUGAUUUAUGAGCAUGUCACAAUAACUGAACCUAUUGAUGCCUUUGUGUAGAUUAACACCCAGAUAUUUAAUAGGUAGAGAAGCUUUUUGCAUGCCCAGAAUCUUAUGAAUAGCCUUAAUCCUAGGUCUGGCAAACUUACCACAAAUAAAUGAACUUUUCUCCAAAUUCACAGACUGUCCAGAAGCAUCUUGAUAAGAUUUGAGAAACUUUUUAAAACUCAGCAGAGAUCUAGAGUCACCAUUAAGAAAAAAAUAAGAAGAUCACCAGCAAAACCAAGAUGAGACACCGGGUACCCCACAUUCCCCAUCCAAUAGAGUUGAAUAAAACCACUAUCAAUGUUCCAUUUUAAGCCUUUGAAAAAAGCUUCAGAGACAAUAAUAAAGAGGAAAGGACUCAUUUAUUGUAACAUUAACUUGUUAUUUUCUUGGGUGUUAAUAUAUACUUACAUUUCAUCCAAAAAAAAGAGGAAAAGACUCAAAGGAUCCCCCUGUUUGACUCCCCAUUUAGGCUGGAAAAAACCUUGAGGAAUCCCAUUGAUCAAAAUAGACAAAUAGGUGGAUUUCAAGUUGUUCAGAACAAGCUGAACAAAAUUCUGACAGAAACCAAAUUUAGGAAGAAUCAAUCCCAGAAAAUCCCAGGAAAGCUUAUCAAAAGCCUUAGUCAUAUCAAGUUUCAUCACCACAUUAGAUCCCCUAAUCUUCUUAUCUAUAGAAUGGAUCAUUUCCUGUGCAAUCAGCACUUGAUCAGUAACAUCUCCGUUUUGCAUGAACCCUGCUUGCUCAGGAGAGAUUAUUUUUGGUAAAGCAGUAGUAAGUCUGGUGGCCAACACUUUUGUGCACACUUUACUCGCAAAAUUAGAUAGGCAAAUAGGUCUAAAAUCCGAGAAGGGUUCAGGGUUAUCCUUUUUGGGAAUUAGGACCAUCAAACUGCUAGCCAUACCCCUAUGAAUAGAGAUACCCAUAAAAAUUUCUUGAACAGCACUGACCACAUCAAUACCAACAAUAUCCCAGCAUGUUUUAAAAAAUUUCCCAUUAAAACCAUCCGAGCCUGGAGCUCCAUUUAGAUUUAAAUUCCAGACUGCAGUUUUAACUUCAGUUUCAGUAGGCAUUUGCAUAAGCAUGUUAUUGUCAUCUUCACUAAUCAACUGAGGUAUAUGCUGUAGGAUGGAGUUAUCUUCCACAUGAGAAUCUACUGAAUAAAGAUUUGAAAAGAAGGAGACUGCUGCAUUACCAAUCUCAUGUAACUGUGUAACAGAAUUUCCAUCUUCAUCCAAAAUGGCAUUGAUAAUAUGUUUCCUGUUUCUAAUCUUUACAAAGGAGUGGAAAAAUUUGGUAUUAGCAUCUCCAUCUUUAAGCCAUCGAAUAUGCGCCUUUUGUUUCCAGAAUUUUCUCUCCAUUUUAUACUUGGUCAUAAGAAGAGCCCUUGAAUGA